GUACCCGAGUCAACAGAUACUGUAUUCAUAGGAAAGAAUCUUUCAGAGAAGGAACAUAGAAUGUUUGAGGAAAACUUGUAGAAAUAGAGAAAACACACAAGAAUGCUGAAACAUUCUAUGGUUUCAUGAUCAUGAAGAAGAACUUUAAGUCAGAGUAUAUUCAAGGAGUAGUUCACAACACUCUGAAGAGCUUCAGCAUGAACCAGAAACCUGCACAGCUCCUGGCUGUCUUAGUUCUGCUGCAUGUUUACUGCAAGGGUGCUUCUCUCUCCAUUUCUCUCUGUGAGGACUUUCUUGGCCUUCAGCCAAAACCAUUUUGUGGAACCAUCAAAGUUGAAGAUGCAUUUGGGAAAUUUUCCGCUUUCAUUGUCAACUGCUCAGUUGAGGGUAAGGUAGUAUUCAAAGCUGUGAAAAUUAUCCAUUCAAGUAUUGCAAGCCACUGUUUGAAGGAGCUUACAACAACACACAAUGUGAAUAAAGCUGAUAUUGCUGACCUUCUUCUGACCACAAACAAGCUUUAUGAGUGCACACAAGGAAAAGACAGUCUCCUGCAAGAUGUUCACUACAUUUUGGUGAAGAGAUAUUAUUCAGCAGAAGAGGAGAGUAAGUUCUCUCCACUUAUUCAAGACAUUGCCCGUGAAACACCUGGACUGGAAGAAAUGGUGCUAAAGAAUGCGUCAAUAAGAUUUGAGAAAGAUGCCAUUGUCUCUCAGUUACUGGCCAGGUAUUAUUAUCUCACCAAGAAGGAUUUCUCAGAAGCAAAAUUUUGGGCCGAUAAAGCAAAAGACCUGUCCAAAGACAGCUCCUAUAUUGCAGACACAUUAGCCCAAGUUAUGAAGCAUGAGCUGAAGAAUGCCAUUGCAAACUACAAGGAUGAGCCUAGUCCUGAAAAACUGAACAUGUCUCUCAAGCUGGCUCAGUCAGCAAUAGAAGCAUUCAAGGAAGCACAGAGCCUAGCAAAAAAAGAGUCAGUUCAACGAUUGCAAAUCAAAACGGACAACAGUCCUUUCAAUACAGCUGGGUGCCUGGGAGAAAUCCAGGUUGGAGUACUGGUCAUUGACAUGCUGGCAAAGACCCCCAUAUUUGCCUCUGACAACGUCCGCCAUGAUAUAAUGAGCCAGGUUCUCUCUGGAGAUGUUGACCUUCAAAGUGUAGCAAGAAACGAUCCCCGGAACAACAAAAACAGAUCCUAUUAUGACAAGCUUAGACAGUUUGAGGAUGUACUUUACAACCUCAAAUACAGAAUGAGGGUGAACUUUGACUUCCUUGAAAACUUUUAUGUGAAUCUGGGCUCCAGAUUUGGAUUGAAAGACAUCCGUGAACAAGUAGCCCAAAAGGAGCUUCUCAGAUGUUUCAGUCUAUAUGCAAAGCUGUUCUGCCAGACAGAUUCUGCUGCUCUGUUGAGGAAUAAGUACAUGCAUGCUGGGCUGAAACUACACCAGUCCAAACAGUUCUUGGAGAAGGAAAAAGCUGAUACCUAUUCUGGGAUUCUGAAUUUUCUUUCAAAUGGCAUCUCAACUGAAAUGAUGGAGAAGAUUGCCAGACAGUAUCUUCUUCUUUGUGCACCUGACCAGAAGCCAAAUACAGCAGAGAGAAUCAACUACAUCUAUGCCAAUGUUGUGCUGAGCUGUAUCAAACUGGAAUCACAUCAACUUCAGCCACACCAGCAGUUAAUUAACCUCCUCUGCAAACUUCUGAAUGAGCAAAUUCCAUUAGAUGACAGAUUGUCACUGUUCUUCAUUGCAGUUGUGCUGCUUUGGCCACACCUGGACAGUCCAUAUUGUAGAAAUCUGAGAAGCUACAUCUCAGAGAUGAAAACCUUAUAUGACAGAGCGAUGAAGGAAAUGUACAAUGGCAAGAGUCCCGUUGUCCAUUUCCUCUUGGGGAAAAAGCAAGGCUAUGAACGGCUGGUACACAGUGGAGAGCUCAAAAAAUGCAUCGUGUCUGAGCAAGAGCAGUUUGCCUCCAUGUGGGGAAACGGCAAAAUAUGGAAGGAGAGGAAGGUUAAAGAGCUCCUUUGCAGGGUCACAGGUGAGGUGAAGGGUAACUCCAUACUGGCAGAUACUUGUUUCCCAAAACUAAAGCUUGAAGUCGCUCCAAUGUACCGAAGUCAGAUUAGUGGGCUUGCAGAGGGGUCAAAGGUAUCAUUCUUCAUUGGUUUCUCAAUGAAAGGCCCUCUAGCACUUGACAUUGAUGUAUAACUUUAAAGAAACCUCUACCAACAUGCUAUACUUUUGGCUAAUCAUGGCUCCAUCAGACAUAUUCAGCCUUGAGUUACUUGUAACUAAUUGAAAUGUUGUUUUCCAUAUUUUGUGGUUGUUGUCACUGCGCUUAACUUUGUUGAUACAAUUUUGUUUUGAGAAAGCAGGAAAAUAGGUCAGUAAAGCCUUUAAAUCAAGCCUGUUAAGCAUCUUUUCUAUUAACAUUUGUACUGGUGCUCAUUAGUCACUGUAAACAUGUUGAGAAUUUUUUACAAAAAAUAAAAUUGAAAAGUUGCCAUAAUGGAAGUGUCUGACAUUUGAAACUGAAUUUAACUGUCUUCUGGAUGCUCUGAAUAAAUGUAAUCUAUGGCAACUUUCAUAAUGGACCUGUAUGUAUUAAAAUAAUCUGCUCUGUACAUUUUAUAAUUCAUUUGCAUUUGAAUAAACAUGGUGAAGUUUUAUUGUUUCACAUUACACAACAAUGUAUUUGAUCCUGUAUGUUCCAUUGUUUGUGCAACUAAUUUGGUUUAUGUAACCUUCGAGUAAUGUUUUAUUUAGUUAGAAAAUUGUUCUCUUUUAUUUAGAGGUCAAUAGAUUUUUUUUUUUCAUUUUCUGAUUGUGUCUGAACUUUGAAAUGUGCAGCAUUCCAUAUUAUGUUACUAUUGGGCUUUUUUCAUAGAAUGUGGGGUUUUUUUGUAUGACAAGCAGCAAUGAACACUGAGUUUUGUAAUACUUUCACUUUCUAAUAAAGAUGUACUGUAGCGUUA